CAAAGGAAAUUCAAGAAUGAUUCAUUUCAGUAGUUGCUUCAAAACCCCCGUGAACCCCGAACAGAUUAUUGCAAAUCCUUUCGUCCAUAAAAUGACUACUAUGGGAGAAGAUGACAAGGAUUCUAAGGUUUAAACAUCUGCAAUCCAAUUGGGCUGUUAGUAGUACUGAUAAAAAUGUCGGAAGGAACCAGUUUGGUGCUGGAAUCAUCUGAAAAUGGUACAGAUUUGUCUCAGGAAGACAUUGACACCAUUGAGGAAACAGCAGAGGAAACGAUUUUGUCAAGACAAACUUCUGUCAACCUUGUUCCUUUUAUUGGUCAAAGAUUUGUAUCUCAAGAAGCAGCUUAUGAAUUUUAUUGCAGUUUUGCUAAGCAGUGUGGCUUUUCAAUUAGAAGACACCGAACUCGAGGGAAAGAUGGGGUUGGAAGGGGAGUUACAAGGAGGGAUUUCACUUGCCAUCGUGGUGGUUAUCCCCAGAUUAAACCUUCUCAUGACGGAAAGGUGCAAAGGAACCGCAAAUCUUCUCGCUGUGGUUGCCAAGCAUACAUGCGUAUUGUGAAAAGGGCAGAUUUUGAUGUCCCUGAAUGGCGUGUUACUGGUUUUAGGAACACACAUAAUCAUGAGCUAUUAAAAUCCAAUGAGGUGCGCCUUCUUCCAGCCUAUUGUCCGAUAUCUCCUGAUGACAAGAGUCGAAUAUGCAUGUUUGCUAAAGCUGGAAUGUCAGUAAGGCAGAUGUUAAGACUGAUGGAGCUGGAGAAAGGGGUCAAACUUGGUUGUCUUCCUUUUACAGAGAUAGAUGUAAGAAACUUGCUGCAGUCUUUCAGAAUUGUGGACAGAGAUAAUGAUGCCAUUGAUUUGAUUACUAUGUGCAAGAGGUUAAAGGAUGAAAACCAUAACUUCAAAUAUGAAUUCAAAAUAGAUAGUAAUAACAGGCUUGAACAUAUUGCAUGGUCGUACAGUUCAUCCAUUCAAUCAUAUGAGGCAUUCGGCGAUGCUGUAGUUUUUGAUACCACCUACCGAGUAGAUGCUUAUGACAUGCUGUUGGGAUGUUGGCUUGGUGUGGACAAUAACGGCAUGCCUUGUUUCUUUAGUUGCGCACUUCUACGGGAUGAAAACAUACAAUCUUUCUCAUGGGCUCUCAAGGCUUUCUUGGGGUUCAUGAAAGGAAAGGCUCCUCAAACAAUAUUGACGGAUCACAACACUUGGCUGAAAGAAGCUAUUGCAGUUGAAUUGCCUGAAACCAAACAUGCUUUUUGUAUAUGGCAUAUACUUUCCAAGUUCUCUGAUUGGUUUUCUUUACUUCUUGGAUCACAAUAUGAUGAGUGGAAAGCUGAGUUCCACCGGCUCUACAAUUUGGAACUGGUGGAAGAUUUUGAAGAAGGCUGGCGGCAAAUGGUUGACAAGUAUGGACUCCACACAAAUAAACAUAUCAUUAGCCUAUAUUCAUUGAGGACAUUUUGGGCUUUACCAUUCUUGAGGCGCUACUUCUUUGCAGGAUUGACCAUUACAUCUCAGUCUGAGUCCAUUAAUGCUUUCAUCCAACGUUUCUUGAGUGCCCAAUCUCAAUUACACCGCUUUGUGGACCAAGUGGCUGAUAUUGUUGAUUUUAAUGACCGAGCCGGAGCGAAGCAAAAGAUGCAAAGGAAACUUCAAAAAGCGUGCCUCAAAACUGGUUCACCUAUUGAAUCCCAUGCUGCCACUGUACUUACUCCCUAUGCCUUGAAUAAACUUCAGGAAGAGCUAGUUAUGGCGCCACAAUAUGCAUCCUUCCUGGUUGAUGAAGGUUGUUUCCAGGUCAGACACCACUCUCAGACAGAUGGAGGAUGCAAAGUAUUUUGGGUUCCUUGUCAAGAGCACAUAAGCUGCAGCUGUCAUCUGUUUGAGUUUUCAGGCAUCUUAUGUAGACAUGUGCUACGUGUCAUGUCAACUAAUAACUGUUUUCACGUCCCUGAUCAAUAUUUACCAGGUCGAUGGCGAGGCACUACUAGUUCAUCUUCUGUUAACCACUUCCGGGGCACCACUAGUAGGGAUCAGCCUGAAAGGAUGCAACUUUUGGAAUCCAUGGUUUCAACAUUUUUAGUGGAAUCCAUUGAAACUGAGGAACGUCUGGAUGUUGCUUGCGAGGAAAUUUCCAUGGUGCUAUCACGCAUCAAAAGUCUUCCUAGGUCUCCACAUGGGGUGAAUGACAUUGCAUUUGGUUAUCCAUCAGAUUCAUUAAUCCUCCCAGAGGUAGAAGAUACUAAUGGAAUGAUUCACAACUUUACAAUCACAAAUCCCCAUGAUUCUAUCACUACAGGAAAGCUAAAGGAAAGAAGGGCCAGAGAUGGAGUCGAUCUCACAAGGAAGCGAAGACAGUUUUCUGCACCAUUGUGUGCUCAAUAUGGACAUGAUCCAUCUGAUUGCUCAAUAAUGGCCACUGACAAUAUGAGUGGAGAUGCAUUAGGGUACUUGUAAAGGUGGAAGUAGUAAUGUACAAAGUAAAUGCAUUUUUUUGGGGGGUACAUAGAUGCAUUUUUUUUUUUUUAAUUUCAGAUGCAUGUAAUGUGCAUUUUCUAUAUUUUCCUCCACUCCAGUGUUACACAUGUUUCCUCCCUCUGUUUACAAGAACAAAUGUUUCGGUGCUUCUUGCACCAUUGUAUGAGCAUGAGAAUUUAGAUUUGCUUUAAAUGCUUGUA